AUGCCCGGUGCUCUGGUCGUUACCCCAGUUCCUAUACGAAAUGUUUCCAUGGAAGCUCCUUCAGGCUUUGUUCGGAAGUCCUCUCGCCUCAAGAGAGUCAGAACAGAACAAUACGCUAGGGGAACAAACCCCACAGAUCAUGGCCGCGCAGAUCGUACUCGAAAGUCAAAAUACGUCCGUUUCGAGGCAGCCAUCGACCGAAGGCUCCAAGAGUUCGAAGCAGACCAGGAGACGUCACAAACAGCUAUCAACAGGAAUGGCAAGCGACCUCAACUUGGCUACGAUCGAAUCGCCAAUGCUCGUCGUCGGCAAUCCAUACCUGACUACGAAGUCAAACAAUCUAAGAAAACGCCUGGACGGUAA